GGCCAAGGGAACUAAACCUGUCCAAUCGACCAAUGUUCAUUCAUCAAAUAAAGAUUAUUAAAGCAUAAAUGGCAUUGACAAUUUGUAAUAGACCUAUUGUGUUCAAUAGGUUCAGUACGACGACGCGGAUGAAGAGAAAUCAGAAUUUCACUUGGAGUAUAUAUCGAAAUUUACAUCAAAAUCAGCGAAAGGGUUUUCCAGGUACACCACUUGGUGGCAGCCAUGACCAGAGAAGUGAUCCAAACGUUGAUGGUUUACUGUACGAACAGCACACCCCCACUAGUCCAUUACAGAAGGUGCUACUGACGGCAGGCUCUGCAUUUAUGUCUUUAUAUGACCCAUACAGACAUGAUAUGGUAGCUGUUCUAGGAGAAACCACUGGUUCUGUAGCCCUGCCUAGACUUCUGAGACUCAUGCAAGAAGAUGAAGUUGGGAGACAAAUACUUGAGGAGAGGCCGCGAAUCAACAGUGAUACAGUGGAUAUGAACUAUCUUGCUCAGCUGCCUGAUCAGACCUUUGGGAAGAUAUAUCAUGACUUCAUGACAAAAAAUAAAAUAUCGGCCGACACCAGAGACCCUGUACGCUUUGUGGACGACCCAGACUGGGCCUACGUCCUCCAGAGGUAUAGAGAGGUGCAUGAUUUCUACCAUACACUCCUAGACAUGCCUACCAACUUCAUGGGGGAGGUUGUCAUCAAAUGGUUUGAAGUUAUCCAGACCAGACUACCCAUGUGUGCCUUGGGCGCCAUUUUUGGACCGGUCCGGUUAUCAGCCAGUGAUCGCAAAGACCUCAUCCAGUAUUACAUCCCCAAAGUGUUCAAGAUGGCUCCCCAGUCCAAGCUGCUUCUCAACAUCUAUUUCGAGAGACAUUGGGAGACGCCCAUCGACGAGCUCAGAGACGAGAUGAGAAUUUCCCCUCUUCGGAAAUCAUGAAGUCAAAACUCCACGUGCCUAUAAUCUGCACCCAAGUUUAAAUGAAACCGCGGUCUAUAUUUAUGUCAAAAACGUAUGGGAAGUAUGGGAGGU